CUAAAACUACGACUCCCAAAAUUCAUCGGGGGCGACUUUGACUCUCCCCUCCAAUCAGAGAGAGAGGAGGGAGUUGCUGGGACGGGAAGUGAAAUUAAACUGACCGUAAAGCGCAUGUGUGCGGAUGUGCUUGGGCUCUCCGGUUAAAGAUGGCGGAGCGCGGUUACAGCUUUUCGCUGACAACCUUUAGCCCAUCUGGAAAGCUUGUCCAGAUUGAAUAUGCACUGGCCGCGGUAGCUGGAGGAGCCCCUUCCGUGGGAAUUAAAGCUGCAAAUGGUGUGGUGUUAGCAACUGAGAAGAAACAGAAGUCCAUUCUGUAUGAUGAGCGAAGUGUACACAAAGUAGAGCCAAUUACCAAGCACAUAGGUUUGGUGUACAGUGGCAUGGGUCCAGAUUACAGAGUGCUUGUGCACAGAGCUCGGAAACUCGCCCAGCAGUACUACCUUGUUUACCAGGAGCCCAUCCCUACAGCCCAGCUGGUACAGAGAGUAGCUUCUGUGAUGCAGGAGUACACCCAGUCGGGUGGUGUUCGUCCAUUUGGCGUUUCUUUACUUAUUUGUGGUUGGAAUGAGGGGCGACCAUAUUUAUUUCAGUCAGAUCCAUCUGGAGCUUAUUUUGCCUGGAAGGCCACAGCAAUGGGAAAGAACUACGUUAAUGGGAAAACUUUCCUUGAGAAAAGAUACAAUGAAGAUUUGGAACUUGAAGAUGCCAUUCACACAGCCAUCUUAACUCUGAAGGAGAGCUUUGAGGGUCAGAUGACAGAAGACAACAUAGAGGUCGGCAUCUGCAACGAAGCUGGCUUCCGGAGGCUCACUCCGACCGAAGUUAAGGACUACUUGGCGGCCAUUGCAUAAUAGUGAAGAGAUGGAGUGACCUGAGAUUUCAGAUAAUCUAUCUACUUAAACAUGUUUAAAGUAUGUUUUGUUUUGCAGACUUUUUGCAUACUUAUUUCUACAUGGUUUAAUGGACUGAUGUUUUUAAAAUGACACAAAUCAUAAUAAACUGUUAAAUCCAA